GGACUAAGUCGAGGUAAACAUGGCUGCUUUUUAUGCUGGUUCAAUAACAUCCAACUUAAAAUUUACUACAAAGGUGCCUCUAUUAUUAAAAGCGACAUCAAAUGACGAAAAGCCAACGCAAGGAUAUGACCUUCAAGAGAUAACUAGGAUUUCCAAGUCUUCAUUAGCUAAUUGCCAAUCAUUACUGACAUUCCUGCUUGGUCGUCUGGAGAAAAAAGACCCUCGGAUUAAGUAUAAGGUUCUGCACUUGAUGAAAUACCUCGUGAUAAAUGGUCAUUCAGAAUUUCGAAGCCAGCUGAGGCACAAUGCUGAGCCAGUAAAGGAAACCAUCAAUUUCAAGGGUGAAUUGGAUGAGUUACAUGGUGAUGGACUAAUUCUCAAAGUUCAACAAGCAGCUUCAGAACUGGAGAAAUUGCUUUUUGAUGUUGAUAACCCAGAAGUUGAAGUCAUAUACAAGUCUUUGUUGGCACCAGAUCAAUCGGUCAGUAAGAAAAUGCAAGGCUUUGGUUAUACUGGAACCCUGGAACUAAAGAAAGAGCCAUCACUGAUGGACACACUCAUGAAAGUAAAGAAAUCUGGCUCUGAGAUUUUGAGCUUUAAUAAAACGAAACCGAAGAUCCCACCAUCAUCCGAAUUCCAAGCAAUUCCAUCGACCCCUGAGCCACAAUACACUCCAGUUGAUUUAGAAUCUAGUUUUGAUGACGGAAUUGAGGAAGAAGAUAAAAACUCUGAUGUUUUGGAAAGUGAAAUGAACAGUGAUCAUUACUAUGAACGAAAACUCGUCCGAAAUAUUACUGAUGAAAGUGGAAUAACCAAAAUUCCAAGCAAGGAAAUGCUAAAAGAUUUCGUUAACAAGUCACUGUCUUUAGAGUUACCAAUAAUUUUAGAUAUGUUAGACGAAAGACUUCAAAAUCCAUCUGUUAUUGUCCAACUGAAAUCGCUUUGUGUUAUUGAGUUUUUGUUGAGAAGUACACUUGCGAACAUUUCUCGUGAAAUCGAUGAACACUGUUCGAGCCUUCAUUUGCUAGUUGAAAGUGAAGAUCUGACUGUUGGCUCCAAAGCAAAAAAGAUUGUCCUCGCCGUGGCCUCGUGUUUGAAGCAAGAUAAAGAAGAACAAGCAUCUUCCAGAGUCGAAAACCUUGUCCCCCCAAGUUACAACGAUGCGAAUGAGCAACCAAAGAUGCCGGAAAAUAAUAGAAAGGACACAAAACAAAAGCGUUCGCAGAACACAGACUUGAGUUGCCUGUUUUCUGGGAUGAAUCUUUCCACUGGAACAAGGCCUGAUUCUGCAGGUAAUCGUAAGCUGGUCGAAGUAAGCGAAACUCCGGUGGAAACAGGCUUCCCACGAGACUCGAAUCUUGUGACAAUACUCGACACGAAGAUGGGAAAUUCAAAACAAAACUCGUUAGGAAAUGAUAAACGGACGACUGGGCGAUCAAGUCCAAACGUGUCUUUCGACUUAUCGAGGGAACUUAUCGAUAAAAAAACAAGCGCAAGUUUCGCUACGGCGCGCGAUUUUGAUGCUCAAAAUUCUGAUAAGUUCGAUCUGACAAGUUUGGAACGCUCAGGAAGAAGCCAUUCUGGGCUCGAAGGUGGGCGUUUUUGCGCGGUUAACGAAUGCAAAACGAAGGUAAAUGAAGGUGAAUUCGCAGAGGCAGGAUGUGAUAAAGCGAUACAAAAUUUGGAGAGAAGUUCACCUCAAGAAACGCGUAAACUUUUAUUGAAGUCUAAAACAGAUAUGGACUCAGAUAAUGUUGAUUUGUUUAGUGUGAAAACUCAGAACUCAGGCUCGAAUCAAAACCUUGAAACGCAAACACGAAAUGUAGACGAUUUACUUAUUUUGAGCACCAACAAACCUACCACACAAGAUCUUUCACAAAAUACUACCUCGAACCAGGAUUUGUUAACCUUUCAGACGGAACCGCGAUCUCAGGCACUUCCCGGAGGUCUGGUACUUCCUAGCAAUAACUCGUCCUCCGGCUCGAGACGACCGUUUCCGAAAGACAUGAAGUCGGAAACGGACGGAUUUGAUUUUAUCCGAAAGUCGAGAGCCGACGCAUUUAGUUUUAUAAAUGACGAAAUUCAAGCGAGUAAAAAUAAACCGAAAUAGAUUAGGUUCUCAAUGAGAAUAAUUUUUGAAUAACAAUGAAUAAUUUUUUAACAAAAUUUUGAAUAACA